AUGCAUUUCAAGGCUCCAGUUAUUUUCGGAGUGUUGCUCGCCGUUUCCGCCCAUACGGCACCAUAUGGGCUGACGAGCCGUGGAAAGCAAUUGUCGGCACCCCCAGAGCCUGAGCCCAUCGAGGUAAUCGAACUUCCACUGCCUCCAGUCACUGCCAAUGAGACUGAGGGUGGCUGUACACUUUCGGUCAAUCCGCACGGCACUGGUUGUAUAGGCGUAACCACUUUCGAGACUCUGAGCGGGAACUUUCUUCCCGACGGCGAUCAUGUCACAGUUUCCUUGGUGUUCACCGGAGCUCCGGCUGCUCCAGAUCCGUCCAGCAUCUACACCGGCCUCAAUUUGAUUAUUGUUCGUACGAAUGGAACAUUGUUCCCCAAUGGCGAUGCAUGGAAGUGUAUCACUUGUGGGGUCCCGGAGGACCAACAAUAUGGUAUCACCUCGGAUAUGGACUACCAGUAUCCCCAGGCAUUCAACGACGGUACUCGUGUCCUUGUGGGAAGUCAUAUCGUCGACUGUGGCACUGCGCAGCUCGCCAGUGCUGAGUGUACACCGGACAAGGUCCACAUCUAUCCGAUCCGGUGGAACACUUCUCCAGAUGGUUCCGGGCCUGGAGGAUCCAUCCGUGAGCUGCGAAAGCACCCCGACGACGUCCAUAUACUCUUCAAUGCCAUGUCUCUCUCAGGCCCUACCGUGACGCAGUUCGCUUAUUUCUCACGGUUGGAAUUCAACUCUGCGCCCACUACCGGAACACCGCUCACACCACGAUACGAUCUAGUCAAUGUGACUGGACUAUAUGAACCGUCAGGCACGCCUUUGUUUUUGACAAACGGGAGCUCCUUGAGCCUCAACCCGCAGGCCAUCUCGGUUGGAGAAGCACGGGGCCUGAGUGGACUAGGUGAUGAGGUCACAUAUGUGGGAUUCCCUGCCGAAUCCUGCAACAUCGACAUUUUCCGGGUCAAACUACAAACCGGGGAAGUUAAUCGGGUGACAUACGGUCCAGAGUACGUCGAUCCCAUUGAUACCUCUCCAGAUGGUAGAUGGGAUGUCAUAAUGGACAGCACGGCUGAUGAUCGACUGAUGUUCGUCGCGGGGAUGCGGGGUGUACCACCUAUCAUUGAUACACUUACCACCGGUGCCAUCUCGUCUAUCCGAAACAAUGGAAGACGGCGGUUCUUUGAACAGUGGAUUUUCGAUCGAGAAGUUGCCCCUUAUUCGGAGGACAGCGGCUAUUAUAAAGGCCAGCAACUAAAUGGCGCUGGUGAUGGCAGUCCGGGCAGUGUGAAUGACCCUCUAUGGAAUGGAGGUGCCGAUCCUCGGUGGUCCCUGGAUGUCAAUCCCCUACCGUGCCCCAAGUCCACUGCUCCCGGUGGGCGAAAUGUGCGAGUUAUGAUGGCAACUCUUACAAGCCGCAAGCCCCUUCCAGUCGUCGCCAUGGAUCCAGUCUCUGAUACUGUGCCCUGGGGUAAACCAUAUGUCCCAGGGGGCACGGGACCCAAAGAUCCCAGUCUGCCAUUCGGCAACUACACUUUAGCUGGACAAGUGAGCGGCCAUGCCGACGUUACCUUCACUCCCGACAGUGCCGGAACUGCACUUAAGACAGUCGAGGCCACGUAUCACAACUACUCCGACGAUGGUCUCAACUUCAUCACAGGCAACGAGAAAGUGACAGCGCUCUACCCCAAUUCUACUCUGAUUCAUCUCGAUUGGUAUUCAGACCUGUCUUCCACCGGGAUUAGCAACAGUACAAAGGUCACAGGUCCCGGUGGGUUCCACUUCGAGGUCGACGUCCAAUUGAACAAAUUUUAUGCGAAUGGCACUUUAACCACUACCGUUGAUGGCGUGGUCUACAAGCAGCCUGAAAACGGAUGUUAA